UUUUCUUUUUUUUCCCUCGUAGUAAUCCUAUUCAGUCAUCAUGGAAGAGGAAGUUGCUGCUCUCGUCAUUGACAAUGGUUCGGGUAUGUGCAAGGCCGGUUUCGCCGGUGACGAUGCCCCCCGUGCUGUCUUCCCCUCCAUUGUCGGUCGUCCCCGUCAUCAUGGUAUCAUGAUUGGUAUGGGUCAGAAGGACUCUUAUGUCGGUGAUGAGGCACAGUCCAAGCGUGGUAUCCUCACCCUCAGAUAUCCCAUCGAGCACGGUGUCGUCACAAACUGGGAUGACAUGGAGAAGAUCUGGCAUCACACAUUCUACAACGAGCUCCGUGUUGCUCCUGAGGAGCACCCGGUUCUCUUGACCGAAGCCCCUAUUAACCCCAAGUCCAACCGUGAAAAGAUGACCCAGAUCGUCUUCGAGACCUUCAACGCCCCUGCCUUCUACGUCUCCAUCCAGGCCGUCCUGUCCCUGUAUGCCUCCGGUCGUACCACCGGUAUCGUUCUGGACUCUGGUGACGGUGUCACCCACGUUGUCCCCAUCUACGAGGGUUUCGCCCUCCCCCACGCCAUUUCCCGUGUUGAUAUGGCUGGUCGUGACUUGACCGAUUACCUCAUGAAGAUCCUGGCUGAGCGCGGAUACACUUUCUCCACCACCGCUGAGCGUGAAAUUGUCCGUGACAUCAAGGAGAAGCUUUGCUACGUCGCCCUCGACUUCGAGCAGGAGAUUCAGACCGCCUCUCAGAGCUCCAGCCUCGAGAAGUCCUACGAGCUUCCCGAUGGCCAGGUCAUCACCAUUGGUAACGAGCGUUUCCGUGCUCCUGAGGCUCUCUUCCAGCCUAGCGUUCUGGGUCUGGAAAGCGGUGGUAUCCACGUUACCACCUUCAACUCCAUCAUGAAGUGUGAUGUUGAUGUCCGUAAGGAUCUCUACGGUAACAUCGUCAUGUCUGGUGGUACUACCAUGUACCCUGGUAUCUCCGAUCGUAUGCAGAAGGAAAUCACCGCCCUUGCCCCCUCGUCUAUGAAGGUCAAGAUCAUUGCUCCUCCUGAGCGUAAAUACUCCGUCUGGAUUGGUGGUUCCAUCUUGGCUUCCCUGUCCACCUUCCAGCAGAUGUGGAUCUCCAAGCAGGAGUACGACGAGAGCGGUCCUUCGAUCGUUCACCGCAAGUGCUUCUAAGCUCUUGCGCAUGAUUAGUUUUUUCGUCGUAUUUUCCUGUAUUAAAAUUUCAAACGGAGACUGGCGACAUGCGGGCCUCUCUGACUCGGACUAGGAGGAAGAUCGCCUGAAAAAGGAACUUUGUUUUAGCUGUGGAAUAGAGAUGGUUUAUUUGAGACGCUUGUCGCUCGACGCGGACGCUUUUGCCGGCAGCAAGUUGUUCCUGAAAGCAAGAAGGGGAAGAGGGACGUAGGCGAAGGAUGUACAUGGGUCAUGUGGACGGAGGGGUGAAAGCUCUAUUCAUAUAGUUCUACACUCGUGUUUGAAUCCUUAUUUCCAUACUGGACCUUUUUCCCUAACGAAUUCUCGCCUCUGGGCUGGCCACGAUUGUAAAAUGCUGUUAAAACACUGCUAUUCUGGCCCGGUUCACAUGGGGCUCGGCUUCAAAUUGACUGCGUCUUGCCACGAUUGUC